AUCAACCCGGAAACGACACGGAGCGGUGGCUUUUGGACCAAUGGGUGCGUUGUGCGUGGGUAAGGGGGAAAGGUCGGCACAACUAUGGAGAUGGCGGCGCCAAAGGAGGCUGCCGGACAGAUAAAACCUUGCCAGUGAGGGCGAAGCGGCGAGAUGCUGAGUGCCAGGUGCCGCGGCUGAACCACAGUUGUGACUUUCUAGCCCCUCCGGUUGCCCUCGCGCCGUCCUCUCCAAUGAGCAGCGCGUACGAGUCGCUAUGGCGUUUCCUGCACGCCCUCCUCUUUGCCCAGCGCGCGCUCCUGGCCUGGUUCCGAGAGUGGUUUGGGGGACGCGGCCGCUCGUGGCUCAGCCGGUGGCGGCGUGGCGCUGCUUCGGUGGCCGUGGCCGCCUCGCGGGCUCUGUUGGUGCCGGCGGCGGCCACGGAGUUUUUCGCUUUCCGUAAGCCGGCGGGGCGGAAGGCGCUGAGCAACCAGAGCCGGUGGCGGCGGGAUGGCAAGUCCCUGCCGAAGCUGCCGGGCCACGUGGGCCUGGUGGUGACCGAGGAGGAGCCGAGCUACGCGGACAUGGCCAGCCUGGUAGUGUGGUGCAUGGCGGUGGGCAUCUCGUAUGUCACCGUCUACGACCACGAAGGUAUUUUCAAGAGAAACAAUUCAAGAUUGAUGGAUGAAAUCCUAAAACAGCAACAGGAAUUAUUAAACCUUGACUGUUCCAAAUAUACAGUAGAAUUUGCAAAUCAAGACAAAACAGAUCAAGUUUUAAAUUGCCAACCUACAUUAAAUGUGCUAUCUCCAGAGGAUGGAAAGAUGGAUAUAGUAAAAGCAGCUCAGAAAUUUUGCCAUUUAGUAGCACAACAGCAAAGGAAAUGCACAGAUUUGGAUGUGGAUGUCUUGGAAGGUUUAUUAAGUAGUACUAAAGGCUUUCCUGACCCUGACUUAAUCCUGAAGUUUGGUCCUGUGGACAGCAUAUUAGGAUUUCUUCCUUGGCACAUCAGAGUGACAGAGAUCAUUUCUUUGCCUUCUCAUGUGAACAUCAGCUAUGAAGACUUUUUCUCUGCCCUUUGUCACUAUGCAGCCUGUGAACAGCGCUGGGGAAAAUGAUUUCUUGCUGAACAUUAUCAGGAUUUCCGAGGACCCAGUGUCUCUGUUUACAAAUACCUGUGAUAUAUAAGUCCAGUACAUAGUCCUUCUUAAUUUAUCAAAUUCAAUAAAGUGUCUUACCUUUCUAGACCUUGUGUGUGUGUAUACUCAUCAUCCUUGGAGGUGUGGGAAAAUAAUCCUUUAUUGCUGUGAGGUACGGCAAAGCAGAAAUUUGUAAGGCAGAGCUGUCUCCUUUCAGUGAUCAAAUCUUAAAUCUAAGGAGUACUUUGCAUCUAGUUAUAAAGGGACCAUUCAAAGUAGCUACAGUCAACAGGUAACCUGGACCUCAUGGGAAAAAAAGAUGGUCUAUUGUCACAGCUUCUUUCUGGACUUCCAUAAUGGAACAGCUACCUUCAAAUGUUUCUUAAAACUGCACAUCAAUUCUUCCGGCAGUUAAAUGGAGUUAAUCCUGCAGCUCAUAAUGAGCUGUAAAUCAAUAGAGCGUAUAAAAUUCAGUUAAGCAGUUCUUAGAAUGUGGAAAUGCUUUUAAAUCAUAGAUUGAUUGUAUUAUUAAGCAAGCAUUUGAACAAUUAAUGGCUUCAUCUGUUAAUUACAAUCCAUUUUUACUCCCACUGGAAAGCAGUGGCUAAAUGGGCACAUGGUGAGUUGUGUAAAGACUUUGGCAAAAAUCAGUAGAUGUUUGGUUGGAUUAUCAUAUGUAAUGGAAUCCUACAAAUUUAUGUAAUAUAAACUUUAAGACACCUUUAAGAUGAGUUUAAAGCAGGUUCUAAGGUAAUGAAACUUUUCCCCCUUUUAAAAAAAUCUUGAUUUGAUUUUGUUGAUUACACUUCAGACCCACCAUUCUGUCUUUGUUUAAACAAGUCAAUCUAUGUAUUUACUUUUCAACAAAAUGUAGUGUGAGUAUAUUCAAUUUGUAAUUUGUCUGAACAUAGCAGCAAAGGGAAAGAAAGUAUUAAGUCAAUGCACUGAAGAUUUCUAAAUUUUGGGAUUGUAAACCAUGAUGUGUAUAACUGUAUAAAUUACUGUGAUGAUUAUUCUAUGAUUGUGUGAUUGCAAUCUAUAUAACAAAUGUAAAGAAAAAUAAAAUCCAUGGACUGA